CAGUGUUACCAACACUGUUAAUUGAUCUAGGAAGCAAAAAGUGAGACUUCCUCUUGUCGACCUGGCCAUACUUUCUUCACUGGCUUUCCCACACCUACGUUAGUGCUAGGUCAUCCAUCCUUGGUUCCUAGGAUAUUGAAGACAGGUCUCUAGAACAUGGAGGCCACUUAAGAAAGUUCAACGGAGACCUGAAGCCUGGGUCAGGGCACCUCAAUGGAGUCGAAUAGUUACAGUGCUACAGAUGAAGUUCUUGUCUCAAAAAAGGGCAAGAGAAAGUGGAAACGGUACUUGCCAACUGAGUCGGUGAAGAUCCUCUAUGACUGGCUGUAUGAACACCGGUUUAAGCCUUAUCCUUCAAAGGUAGAGAAGUGCAUGCUGUCAGAGCAGACCAGUUUGUCUUUCCAGCAGAUUUCUAAAUGGUUCAUCAAUGCCCGCAGACGCUUUCUUCCGGAAAUGCUUUUAGAGGAUGUAAGUGACCCCAACCAGGUUACCAUAUAUCACCAAAAAGGCAGUGCUGCUGAUGUGACCCACCAGCAGGGUGGCUAUCUAUCUAUUGAUGCCAAGUCAGGGCCCAGAGAUCCAGACACGAUAAAAUGUCUGCCUCUGAGCCCCUCGCUGAUGGAACAGGGAUCAGGGGAACUGCCAAAUCAAGAGAUGGUCCCAGGCCAGAGGCUCAUCCCUAAGGCCCAAUUAAAUGAAAAGUUUGAGGUUUUCAACAGUGGGCCCUUGCUUAUAUCGUCUCCCGAACCUGUGGUGACAGGGGAGUGCACGGAUUUCAGCAACUUCCAGCUGCUGGUUGAUGCAGCCGUACAAAAGUCUGCCGAACUGGAGCUCCAGAAAAAGCAAGAGACUAACUCAUGAUUUCCCGUGUCUCUAAAAAUUCCUGGUAGUCAGUCCCUUGGUAGAUCUAUUUAUGCUCCCCAAACCCACUUGCAGUUUUGUUUUAUAGAGGCAUCUUUCCUUCCAGGGGUUUAUUGAGAACUAUCACUAGCUGGUGGGACUCAGUUCUGCCAGGUAGUUCGGUGUUGCCAGAUGAAACAACUUGUCAUCAUGAUUAACACUACAUCAAGGAUCUCUGUUCUUUCUUUUGCUUCCCUGAGGAUUUAAAGGCUUCAAUCAGACCAAUACAUCAGAGACUAGACACAAUGUUAGGACUUCAGAGAAGAAUGUUUUGGCUUUUCUAAUCAGAAUUUUUGGUCCCAGAGAUGCUGCAGAUACCAAGUCACCCCUCUUUCUCCCAAUCUCUUGCUUAUUAGCAUGAAUAAUGGAAAGGAAAGACUCUAAAAUAAAGAUUGCUAUAGCUGC